GCCACGUGGUGGGCGGACCUGGGCAAUUCUGAGCCUAAGACCUCAAAAGACCCCGAAUUCCACCGAGAGUCCCCAGGCGGGUGCUGAGAGGCAAGCGCGAGUUCGAGAUCGGAAGAGAGCGAGGGCAGCGCCAUGGCCAGCAAGGGUCGCGAGGGCGAGCACCCAUCCGUGACGCUCUUCCGUCAGUACCUGCGCAUCCGCACCGUCCAGCCUGAGCCCGACUACGGGGCUGCUGUGGCCUUCCUUGAGGAGAGAGCCCGCCAGCUGGGCCUGGGCUGUCAGAAAGUGGAGGUGAGCCUGCGGCCCUGCGUGGAGAGCGGAGUCGGGCCCUGGGCAGCUCCUCACCCUGCACUGACCACCUCUCCUCCUGGCCCUCUCCAGGUGGUACCUGGCCAUGUGGUGACCGUGCUGACCUGGCCGGGCACCAACCCCACACUCUCCUCCAUCUUGCUCAACUCCCACACAGAUGUGGUGCCUGUCUUCAAGGAGCAUUGGAGUCAUGACCCCUUUGAGGGCUUCAAGGAUGCAGAUGGCUACAUCUAUGGCAGGGGCGCCCAGGACAUGAAGUGCGUCAGCAUCCAGUACCUGGAGGCUGUGAGGAGGCUGAAGGUUGAGGGCCACCAUUUCCCCAGAACCAUCCACAUGACCUUUGUGCCAGAUGAGGAGGUUGGAGGUCACCAAGGCAUGGAGCUCUUUGUGAAGCGGCCCGAGUUCCAGGCCCUGAGGGCUGGCUUUGCCCUGGAUGAAGGCCUAGCCAGCCCCACUGACGCCUUCACUGUCUUUUACAGUGAGCGGAGCCCCUGGUGGCUAAGGGUCACGAGCACUGGGAAGCCAGGGCAUGGCUCGCGCUUCAUUGAGGACACAGCAGCAGAGAAGCUGCACAAGGUCAUCAACUCUAUCCUGGCUUUUCGGGAGAAGGAGAAGCAGAGGCUGCAGUCAAACCAGCUGAAGCCGGGGGCUGUGACCUCCGUGAACCUGACUAUGCUAGAGGGUGGCGUGGCCUAUAACGUCGUUCCUGCCACCAUGAGUGCCUGCUUUGACUUCCGCGUAGCACCGGAUGUGGACCUGAAGGCUUUCGAGGAGCAGCUGCAGAGUUGGUGCCAGGCAGCUGGCGAGGGGGUCACCUUUGAGUUUGUUCAGAAGUGGAUGGAGACGCAAGUGACAUCUACUGAUGACUCAGACCCCUGGUGGGCAGCAUUUAGUGGGGUCUUCAAGGAUAUGAAGCUUGCCCUAGAGCUAGAGAUCUGCCCUGCUUCCACUGACGCCCGCUAUAUUCGUGCGGCGGGGGUUCCGGCUCUGGGCUUCUCACCCAUGAACCACACACCGGUGCUGCUCCAUGACCAUGAUGAGCGGCUGCAUGAGGCCGUGUUUCUCCGUGGGGUUGACAUAUACACUCAGCUGCUGUCUGCCUUGGCCAGCGUGCCCGCACUGCCCAGUGAAAGCUGAGCUCCAGCGCUUAGGACCCCUCUUCCCUCCUGCCCAACAAUAAAGUCUGUGUGGACAGGGCCCACUUCUGAAGUACUAACAGCAAGAUGUUUAUGGAAUAGGAGUUCAAAGGUAGACUUCAGAGUCAUACUUCAGAGAUGAGGACCAUACAUACACCAUGGUUGUACCUGCUGCCCCAGCAUAAUUAAGAGCAACUUUUUGAGCCUCCCCAGGACCCAAGGGUGGAUUAUACCAUGCUCAAGACUGGUUCUGAGGAUUUAGUGUGAUGAGCAACAGUACUUCACUUGCUGCUCUGAAGAUUAAGACAGUGAAGGUGAAGCAGCUCAUCUGUGGAGCACAGAAGAAUCAAGCAGUCAUGCAAGUAAAGCAGUGCCACCACUGCAUCUCCCCAGGCCCUCUAUAAUUGGGGGACUAUACAAUCUAGAGCAGUGAUGCUGGCCAGGCACACCUGGAACCUGAACUCAGGCCAGAAUGCAGACUUCUGGGUCCUGACAAGGAUGUCUGGGAUUCCUCCCUGUACUCAUCAGCCUGCCCUGUCUGGCAAGCUUUGCCUCCGUGCACUCCUCAUCUACUAGGUCCCCUUGCACUCCAGGGCCCUAUUUCCCACACACCAUCAUCCAGGGAAGGCUAAAAUCUAUUCCCACACGAAACGAAGGGACCAACCCCACCUGAACCCAAGUUCCAGCCCUGAGAUCACAGGCAGAGGCUGACUGACAGAUCCUGAGGCAGGUUUAUUUGUACAAACACAGGACACCAGCCCCGUAUAGACAGCAGCCCAGGGAUCACACCAGUCCUUCUGUCCUCACAUUGGCAGAUAAACACCUCUAUUGUGGAGCUUUUGUGGGGGCCUGGGCA